GAGACAAAUUAUGUAUACGUAGACUCGGGAGAGAUAAAGGAAAGAGAGAGAGAGAGGGAAGAAGAAAAACGGCGAACACCAUAAGAUGUGAUAAGAGUAUUAAAUUGCUUGCAUAUUCAGUUGAGUUGAGUUGUUUCCCCCUGAUUUUCCUCAUCUCUGUCGUUUUCUCCAUUCAAUUAUCAUCUGUUAUCGCACCGUUUCCACUCUCUCCUCCAUCCGCAAUUCGGAAGAGGGGGUUUCAAAUGGGAAACCGGUUUAUGUGCAUGGCGAAGAAGGAUUCGCGGGAGAAUGGGAGAGGCGGCGCGUCUCGGAGCAAGAGAGCGGAGAGGUCGAAGCGGAGGUCAGCGAUGGAAGAGGAGUUACUGCAGAGGCAAGCUUUGGCGAUGGCGAUUCAGCAGCACCAGUUGUCUCAGCGGUUCGAGGGGUCUAUGUCGCGCCGGAUUGGGCCCACCGCUUCUCGCCGCCGCAACGACCUGCCGGAAUCUCUCAACGACUCUAAACAGUCACUGGAAAUCUUGGAGAACAUUAAAACGAAGAAGUUUGUUUUGAUACAUGGAGAGGGAUUUGGAGCUUGGUGUUGGUACAAAACUGUUGCUUUACUGGAGGAAACGGGAUUGCAUCCUACUGCGUUGGACCUCACAGGAUCUGGCAUCGAUCUGACAGAUACAAACAAUAUAACAACACUGGUAGAAUACUCAAAGCCUUUGAUUGAUUAUCUCCAGAACUUACCAGAUGAUGAAAAAGUGAUUUUGGUCGGUCAUAGUACAGGAGGUGCUUGCAUUUCAUACGCAUUGGAACAUUUUUCCCAAAAAAUCGCAAAAGCAGUUUUCCUUUGUGCUACAAUGAUAUCUGAUGGGCAGAGACCUUUCGACGUGUUUGCUGAAGAGCUUGGUUCUGCAGAACUUUUCUUGCAGGAUUCCAAGUUUCUGGUCUAUGGCAAUGGUAAAGACAAGCCCGCUACUAGUUUCAUGUUUGAGAAGGAGCAGAUGUGGGGGUUAUAUUUCAAUCAAUCUCCAACAAAGGACAUGGCUCUGGCAAUGGCUUCAAUGAGACCCAUACCUCUCGGCCCGAUGAUGGAGAAGCUGUCAUUGACACCCGAGAACUAUGGGACCAGCCGGAGAUUCUAUGUCCAAACAUUGGAUGACAACGCGCUUUCUCCCGAUGUCCAAGAAAAGAUUGUCAGGGAAAACCCUCCUGAAGGAGUCUUCAAGAUCAAGGGCAGUGAUCAUUGCCCUUUCUUCUCAAAGCCACAGUCACUGCACAAAAUUUUGCUUGAGAUUGCGCAGAUUCAGUAGAGGAUUCAACAUCUUCAAGAAGCAGCACAGAUGGAUUCUUUUUCAGGCAGUGAAAAUAGCUUUUUCCCUUUUUUAUGAAACCCAAAGAUGUGUAAUAACUCAAAGUUUUCUUGUGCAGAAAUCAGUUUGCCAGUGAAUAUGAGAUAUGGAAGCUCCAAAGUGUGA